CGGAAUUCUCGGGGAGGGGGCAUCGCCUGUUAUCUGGAAGCCACUUAGCCGAGCUGGGAUGUGAUGUCACGCUCUGGAAAAUCCGUGUGGGGGUUUUUUAGCUCAGCCUGCCGGGACACGGACGUGGCUCCGCCGCGAUAAACCUCAUUAAAAACCUGCGAGCAGCAGCGAUAGCGAGCCUGGCUGGCAGCAGAUGAAUCCCCGCGGGCUGGCGGCCGCGCUGUGGCUCGGGUGAGGCUCUGGGAGCGCUGGGCUGGAUCGGCCGCUGGCUCAGCCCGAGGGAGGCGCUCCCGGCCGGACCCCGGCACCCUCGGCAGCGGCAAAGCAGAACCGGGAAAAAAGAUUAAAAAAUAUGGGAAUAAGGUUUUUUUAACAUUCCACAGGCUGGAAUGCUGUUGCUUCACUCCGGGAUGGUGCUCGCUCCCGGCUCGCAGGAUUCUCAGCUCCUAACUCCCCGUGCUUUUGAACUCAUCCUCUGCCGUCCAUAGGGGUUUUUCCUUCCCUCCUGGAGCAAAGCCGAGCAGGAUAACCCGCUGAUGGUUUGAUCCGUCCACGCCAGCCCGGAAUAAAAUCUCGCUUUUAAUGAAGCGCCAAGGAAAGCCGGAGCUCAGCACAAUUCCCUGCCCGCCGGAGAUCCCAAUCUCGCCUCGCCGCCAGAGCGGAGCGGGCGCUGCCGCUCCAUGAGCCGGCAUUCCCGGCAGGGAGGCGAGCGCAGCCUGCUCCCGCAUCCCUGGGGCCGGCAUUCCCGGAUCCCGCAUCCCUGGAUCAAGCAUUCCCGGAUCCUGCUUCCCUGGAUCAAGUAUUCCCGGAUCCUGCUUUCCUGGAUCAAGUAUUCCCGGCUCCAGCGUGUCUGGAUCCAGCACUCCCGGAUCCCGCAUUCUCAGCUCCAGCAUUCCCGACUCCGGCACUCCCGGCUCCCGCAUUCCCGGCUCCAUCAUUCCCAGCUCCAGCAUUCCCAGCUCCAGCAUUCCCGGAUCCCUCAUUCCCGACUCCAGCACUCCCGGCUCCAUCAUUCCCGGAUCCCGCAUUCCCGGAUCCCUCAUUCCCUGCUCCAGCAUUCCCAGCUCCAGCAUUCCCUGCUCCAUCAUUCCCGGAUCCCUCAUUCCCUGCUCCAUCAUUCCCGGCUCCCAGGCUGCCCCGGCCGCCGAGGGAGCGAUGGAAAAUCCCUGAGCCAGCGCCUGGAAAAUCCGUGCGGCAAAGGUGGGGAUCUCGGCCGCCGCAUGAGCAGGUGCUGGCCGGGCCAUGGCCUGGCCACCAAGGCUGCUCCUGCUGCUCCUGCUGCUGCUGCUGCCCGGCCGCGCUCCGGCCGCGCGGAGCCGCGACUUCACCGCCAAGGACAUCGUCUACCUCCACCCCUCCACCACGCCAUAUCCUCACGGAUUUAAGUGUUUCACCUGUGAAAAGGCCUCGGAUAAUUACGAGUGCAACCGCUGGGCUCCGGAUGUUUACUGCCCCCGAGGGACAAGGUACUGCUUCAGCCAGCACAUGAUGAGGGCCAGCGGGGAGAGCGUGUCUGUCACCAAGCGCUGCGUGGCCCUGGAGGAGUGUCUGAGCACGGGCUGCACCUACAUCAGGCACGAGGAGUACAAGGUGUGCACGUCGUGCUGCGAGGGCAGCAUCUGUAACCUGCCGCUGCCGCGGAACGCCUCGGACGCCGUGUUCGCCACGCUGGCCCCGCUCAGCGCCGCCGCGGGCCCGGCCCCGCUCGGCCCCGCCGCGCUCGGGCUGGCGCUGCUGGCACAGCGCUGCCUCACGGCCGCGGGACGCUGA